CCUUCAGACGACUGACGCCGCGACUGACGGCGCUCGACCGCGACCGAGAAACCGAUCGCCGAUCCGCGCGUCGUGCCGACGCUGAGCCGCGCCGCGGGGCGAGUUUAGGGCGCGAGUGUCGUGCGCGGGUUUGCAGCGCGCGCCAUUUUGUCCAGGCGGCGGCGGGGGCGCGCGCGCAGGAUGAGUGACUGACGGACGCACGCGGGACUGCUGCGCUGCGGAGCGCGCGACGCUCACCGAGAGAGACGCGCCGAUCUGUUCUGUUCUCCGCGACGCUUCUCCGCAUCGGACCUGCUCUGGAGACGGAUUCCCGAGGAAGGCGGCCGGCGGGGAAUGAUCGCGGGUCCUCCGGAGGAUUCUCGCUCCUCUCGUCAGAAAGAGGCGCGCCACACGAUCUUCACCAAUGAUUGUGAAGUUAAAGAUCAACUCAAGCACCUCAGAAGACGACAAGACCCUGCUGAGACAUCAGGGCUGUUCUCACCUGGAGACCACUCGCGAGGCGCUUCAGUGGGCUGUGGUUUGCAGAUGGACUCUCCUGUCACAAUGAUAUGAGAUUUGUCAGAAGACGAUGCAUACAGGAGGAGAGACCUCAGCAUGCAAACCCUUCUCUGUUCGGCUGGCCCCCUCGUUUUCUUUCCAUUCGGCUGGUGUGCAGAUGGAUGCGCAGACGCCCCAUUCUCACCCGCCGUUCAGUGAUGGUCACCCGCCGGGCGCCGCUGACCAAUCAGCCGCUGCGCUGCAGGCCCCGCAGGUAACUGCUGAUAUGGUGAUGGUUCAGAGGCGGAUGCCUCAGUGUUUCCGGGAUCCAGCGACUGCGCCCUUAAGAAAACUCUCCAUCGAACUGAUCAAAACAUACAAACACAUCAAUGAGGUAUACUAUGCAAAAAAGAAGCGUCGUCACCAACAGGGUCAGGGCGAGGACUCCAGCAACAAGAAGGAGAGGAAGAUUUACAACGACGGUUACGAUGAUGACAACUUUGACUACAUCGUUAAAAAUGGAGAGAAAUGGAUGGACAGAUACGAGAUCGAUUCUUUAAUAGGCAAAGGCUCGUUCGGUCAGGUGGUGAAGGCGUAUGACCGCGUGGAGCAGGAGUGGGUCGCCAUCAAGAUCAUCAAGAAUAAAAAGGCCUUUCUGAAUCAGGCUCAGAUUGAAGUCCGGCUGCUGGAGCUCAUGAACAAACACGACACCGAGAUGAAGUACUACAUCGUUCAUCUGAAACGCCAUUUCAUGUUCCGGAACCACUUGUGUCUGGUCUUCGAGAUGUUGUCCUAUAACCUGUACGACCUGCUGAGGAACACCAAUUUCCGCGGCGUGUCUCUGAACCUGACGCGCAAGUUUGCUCAGCAGCUGUGCACCGCGCUGCUCUUCCUGGCCACGCCUGAGCUGAGCAUCAUCCACUGUGACCUCAAGCCCGAGAACAUCCUGCUCUGCAACCCCAAGAGAUCCGCCAUCAAGAUCGUGGACUUCGGGAGCUCCUGUCAGCUGGGCCAGCGGAUAUACCAGUACAUCCAGAGCCGGUUCUACCGCUCGCCCGAGGUGCUGCUGGGAAUGCCGUACGAUCUGGCCAUCGACAUGUGGUCUCUGGGCUGCAUCCUGGUGGAGAUGCACACCGGAGAGCCUCUGUUCAGCGGCGCUAACGAGGUGGACCAGAUGAAUAAAAUCGUGGAGGUGUUGGGCGUCCCCCCGAGUCAUAUUCUGGAGCAGGCGUCUAAAGCCAGGAAGUUCUUUGAGAAGAUGUCUGACAGCACGUGGUGUGUGAAGAAGACCAAAGAUGGCAAAAGGUAUAAACCCGCAGGCUCCCGGAAGCUGCACAGUAUUUUGGGCGUGGAGGCUGGUGGCCCCGGCGGGCGGAGAGCCGGUGAGUCGGGUCACGCCGUCGCAGACUACCUGAAGUUCAAAGACCUGGUCCUGCGGAUGCUGGACUACGACCCCAAGACCCGCAUCCAGCCGUAUUACGCGCUGCAGCACAGCUUCUUCAAGAAGACCGCAGACGAAGGCACUAACACCAGCAGCAGCGUGUCCACGAGUCCAGCGCUGGAGCAGUCGCAGUCGUCCGGAACCACGUCCAGCACCUCCUCCAGCUCAGGAGGAUCGUCUGGAACGAGCACCAGCGGCCGCGCCCGCUCCGACCCGACCCAUCAGCACCGGCACAGCGGAGGACACUUCAGUGCAGCGGUGAGCAUGGACUGUCACAACCUCUGCCCGCAGGCGAGACAGGGCUUCGCGCCGGCGCUGGGGUGGGUGGGAGGAGACGGACUCCAGCAGGCGUCCGGAGAGACACACCCCGUCCAGGAGACCACCUUCCACGUGCCCCCCCACCAGCCCAAGGCUCUGCACCCCCAUCACCACCACCACCACCACCAUCACCACCACCCUCCGCCGCAGCACGGUCAGGGCCCCGCCCGGCCCCGGCCCCGCCUCUACUCGCCCUCCCACAGCGCCUCCACGCAGGACUCCAUGGAGGUGACCCAAGGCCACCUGUCCAUGACCUCGCUGUCUUCCUCCACCUCAUCCUCGUCCACGUCCUCGUCCUCCACCGGGAACCAUCACUACGCCUACCAGAGCCGCCUGGGCUUUGGCCACAACGGCAGCAUGACUCUAGGACUGGGUGCCUUCUCCAACCCGCGGCAGGAGACGGGCGUGCCGGGUCACCCCUCGAACUCUGGGCCGGGCCGCUACAUGGCCGAGGCUGGCAUGGGCCUGGAGCGCGAGGAGUCGCCCAUGGUGUGUGUGCAGCAGAGCUCGGUGGCCAGCUCCUGACCGGAUUACGCUGGCUUGACACCAGGCUGUCCUCCUCUGACCUUUGCUUCUGUUCUCCGAUUCUCAGAUGGUUCGCACGAUUCGAGCAGAGCUUUCCCAGAGUGCGACGAGACCGCCGCGGGCAGCGCUUCUUUAAUAUGGCCUUAUCGUUACGGACUGAGCGAA